CGCUCUCUUGCAGACAGGUCUCGAGUUUCCGCUUCCCUUGGGGCUCCCGGAGAGUCUGGAGAUGCCCCUGGUUUCUGCGUUUUCCCCUGCCCGCUCUUGCUCUUCCCGCUAGUUGUUAAGCUCCGCUAGACUCUCUUCCUGCGUGUCUGUCACAUUCUCUUCGUCCUCUCUGUCGUUUACAUAAAUCUCGUCCUGCUUGUCAAAGUUCCUUGUAGCUUUCUCGUUCGCUCCGCACUUAGGACCACACCACCGGAGUUCACUACUGGCCCUGGGGCAAACAGGCGGACGCGUUGCUUCCUGGAAAAACGACCUUCCACCCAACGGGGACUGCCGCAAACAAGUUGUUGCAUCCUCCGUUCGAGGCCGGCGCCCUUCCUCGCCUCUCUGCACUGCGGUGGCUCGACAGCAGAAGGCCUCGCCUGCCGCUCGAGAGUCUCUGAAUUUUCUCUAGCUCGCGCGCAUGCUCACCGCACUGCAACGCUCAGAACACAACCCGCGACUCUUCUCACUGUGUGUAAUGAAUGGAAAGAGACAGGGGGCCAGGAAAAGAGGGAAAAAGAAGGUCGGGGAACCGGACGCUGGAAAGCAGCGCAUUCGCGAAAGACGAAAAUGGACGGGAAGGAAGUCAGAGCGAAGGAUAGCCGGGAGAUGUCGUGACAGCCGUACCAGACGUGAGGCCGCAGUGUCCUCUCUUAGAUGGAGGAAGGCAGAGACCGACACUGACACACAACAGAGGAAAUCAGACACCGAUUCGUAUCCACGGCACAUGCAUACACUUCAUGUAAGAUUACUGGACAACAUGAAAAGCACGCAGCUUUCUGGUUUAAAGGAAAAACGUCUUCGACUUUCCCCUCGAAGUAACGAUGUGCCACGCUCUCUGCGAGAAUGGCAGCUUCUCGUUCUCGUCUCGCUUUCUCUCUCACUCUCUUUCCACUGCUGUCACAUCUGCUAUUCCUGGGGACCUCGCCUUCUCCUCUGACACGACCUGCGCUUUCCCGGUCUUCUCCAAUCCUCCGGCCUUGCCUCUGUCGUCGCGCCUGUCUCUCCCUCUUGGUCUGCGCGCCCUUGCUUGCUCUCGCCGCUUCCUUCCCUUCUUCUCCAUCUCUGAAGCGCACGAUUUCCGACGCUUCCUUUUCGGCCAUCUCUGGCUCUCCUUUCGCCUCUUCCGCCGCUUCCUCCUCUCCUUCGUCUUCCUUCCGUGUUUCGUCGUCUUUCUCUGCUUUCUCGCCUUCGGCUCAAGGCUCUGCUCCUCCGUCUUUUGCUGCGCCUCUCGCAGCCGCUCCCGUUCUUCCACCGGCGGCUGCUGCGAAGGGCCGCGCAGAGUUCGAGGCUCUCUGGAAAGAUGCAGAGGAGAUAUUGGGCGGGAGCAGAAGCGGCGCGCUCAAGAGUUGCUGGGCGGCGGUGUUGAAGGAAAUCAACCUUCUGCAGAGUCUGCCGAGCGAGCAGGCCUGCAGCAGCCUCGGCGAGGCUUCCCGCGAGUACAUUGCACUCCUCCGCGCGCGGUGUAUAUACACCCGAACCGGGCGCCCGUUCCCCAGCGCGCAGAACGGCUGCUACCUGCUGCCAGACGAUGUGCCUGUCACUUGGCUCGCGCUCCGUCCGGAGAGACAGGGAGAAGCAGGAGGAGACGCCAGGCAACGCAUCGUCGAUGGAUGCCAACAUGCAGACUCGAUGGACUUUGGAACAUUCGCGCUCGUUCGCGAACAAAUCAACCACAUCGACAACAUUUGUUUCUUCUUGCACAGUGCAGAGUGGCAGCGACGCAGCGAGGCGACUGUGAAUCGCCUGGCUCUCGCGUCUGGGGCGGUGGCUUCGCGCCUGCAUGCGCAGGCGCAGAAUCUCGCGGAGAUGCAUGUGAUUCAAAAGCAGCAGUUGGAGGGGGGCUGGCAAGUGACUCAGCUCCUUUCGAAUCUACACGAAGGCCUGAAGGACGUCUUUGCGGCACUGCACCAGAUCCGAAGUUUCCAUCGCUACCUGGCGGAGGCUGUGGGCAGCGUACAGACGUUCGCCUUUUACUUCUUCGCUCUGUUUCUCUCCCUCUGCUUCACGGCGCAUGCACGCGUGCAGGCGGCGCGGCUCCCGCUCCUCCUGCUGCUCCUCGUCCUCACCGCCGUCGAGCUCGCGACUCGGAAAUGGGGUAUGCGACUCUUCCUCGCUUUCGCAGAGCUCCGCGAGCGCGCUCGGUUCUGGAGGCAUCCUGACGAGACGCAGACGAGUCGAAGCGACCCGUUUCGCACUCUCGGCGACUCCUGGGAAGCUCCAGGCGCCGCCGUCGAGACCGUUGCAUGCGGCCUGAGGUGUAUGUACACCUCUGCCGCUGCACUGGUCUGGCUCCACCGCGCCGUCGUUCACAAGACGCCCGAGGAGCUGCUUCGCAACGAGAUGAAGAAACUCCAGAAGGAAAUGCAAGAGGUGCGCCAGGCGCUCUGUCAGCGGUCUCGCGCCGCAGCAGCGGCCGUCCAGCAUGCCAAAGGAAACGCGAGUCCGAGAAGCGACGCGGUUUGGAGAGAAGAGUCGAGUUGGGGAGAAGAGGCGAGUCGGCGGCACAAUGCGGUUUGGAGAGGGGAAGGUCGAGGAAGGGAGAAAAAGUUGUUUCAGGCCUUUGUGCCGCGGCGCGCUGCAGGGCCGCAGCAAAGGGAGGCAUGUGCAUUUCCACAGAAGCCAAACGUUCGAGGCGACGUCCUGUCCGCCGAGAGGGCCGAGCGCAGUUGCUGGUCGUCUACUGGAGGCGGCGAAGAGGAGACACCCUGCACCGCCUGCCUUCCGAGUUUGACGCAAAGAUGGCGCACCUCGAUAGAACGCGAUGAAAACGAAGAAGAAGAGGGAGGAGCAGAGAGAGGAGAAAAGGGAGAAGAAAGGAGAGGAGAGGAACGAAAAGGCGACGGAGGAGGAACAGGGGGAAGGGAGGGGGAGGACCCAGGGCAUGCCAGCGCGGUGGCCAAUCUGGAGAAGGAAGUGGCGGAGCUUCGAGGGCGGCUCGCUAGGCAAACUUUGGUGCAUGCACGGCUGAUGAACUUUUGCGAGGAAAUGCUGGAUAAAUUUCGACGCGGCGAACAAGCAUCGGAGAGCGACCUCAACCAAGGCGCGGCUCUCCAGCUGCUCUGGAACGAGACCUGCAGCGUCGCGUCCCUGUCUGGGAAGCUCGCGCAUUCGGCUUCCAUGUUCGUUUCUUCUCUCUCUCAUCCGUUCUCCUCUCCGACGUCCUCCUUCGCGUCGCUCCCUGGCGAGCCUGGCCCUGCCGAAAGCCCUUCCGACCUCCGAUUCUUCAGCGUCUCCUCGCCGUCUUCCUCAACCGGCCGGGUCGCCGCGCCGUUGGGUUGUACGUCCACUGGAGACGGUUUGAGCGGGGGCGUUGGGAGCGCGCAGGAGGAGACAUCAGCCUCUUCUCGGAUUCGUUCCAGUCCAGUCGACGCUGUGUCUCCGAACCUCGAGGGAGGUAUGUCUCUCGCCGCCUCUGUCUCCGCCCGCGUCGAGGGGGCAGGGGACAAGCAGGCGUCGAACGAGGAAGAGGCGGAGUGCGUGUCUCCGAGCGCUCGCUUGGCGUCUCAAGCGUCUCCUCGAUUUUGUGUUGUUCCGGCUCGGAGCGAAGGCGAACGUCAGCCGGUGAGUGCCACGGCCCGCGGGAGGACGCCCUCCGCAAACGAAAAACAAGUCUUCUGCGCCUCUCUCAAAACAUCACAGAGACUGCUGGCAGGGACUGGAGGAGACAUCUGCGCCGCGCUGUCUGUGGGGUCGGUGCGGUGUGGAGACAGGCACCGCACAGGGCCAGAAACGCCUGGCUGGCUAGCGUCGGUCGUCCGGAGACACCUCGGCUGGGGGGCGAGAGCGAGAACAAGACACAGGCGGGCGGCCGUGUCUCUCUCUCGGCGCUACGACAGAGACGAAGGAGAAGCAGCAGACUCGACUUUCCUGCCUUCUUCAGAAGAAGACGAACGCAAGACAGCGGUGGAGAGCAGAAGCAGACUCGUACGGACGAACGCAGAAGACGCAGAAGCAGUGGCGCCGGAUGGAGACCCAGACGAGCGAAGAAGCGCAGGAUCCUGCGGGCAACGCGCCGAGCGACGGGCGGCCGUCGCUGAUUCUCUCACGGCGCCGCAGAUGCGCGACCGAAGGGAGACGAACUCGGACGAGGAAAGGAUGAAGCUCGAUCGGGAAGAGGGAGACACUGAAUGCGGCAACGGCGGCAGAGGUAGACAAGGAGGAGGCAAAAGAAGAAUCGAUGGAAACAGACAAAGAGACAUAGAACAGAGAGAAGAAAGGGAAGAAAAAGCGGCAGCGAGACCAGGAGGCUUACGCCGAAAUCCUGUGAGAGCCGCACGACCUCGUCACUUUCUCGGCUGUGUGGAAGUUGAGAAUCCGGCGGAAUUUGCGGCGCCGUGGCUCUCGAAGAUUUCAGAGAACUCUGGGGAAGACACCGCCCUCCCAGCACCGAGGGCUCGACGGGUCGAAAGCGAGAGAAGACAGGGAAGACACCAAGUCGAGAAAAAAAAAGGAGAAGAAGCGAGAAGCAACGAGACAAAAGGAGAGAGCAAGGAACAGCGAGAACGAGAGAGAGACGCCAAGGGAGCGAGGGGGAAACACCCGAAAACAGAGCGAGGGAACGGUCAAUGAAAACGGUGUUAAACGACAGAAAAGCAAGUGGAAGAGGAACGGAAAGGUUGAGAAAUCGAGCAAGAGAAGGAAGGAUGAGAUAUAGGGAACAAACGAAAGGAGACCGAGGCAAGAGAGGAAAGAAACAGAUGUGGAGCAAGAGAAGGAAGGACAGAGAGGCAGAGCAUCAGAAGAGAAGGACGAUAUUACAGGAAGACUGAGAAGGAGAAAAAAUCAAUGACAGACGGGAGUUGACGAGGUGAAGGAUGAAAGACUCAAAUUAGGGGAGGAGGCGCCAGUGGGGAAAAGAUGUGCAGAGACGAGGAAAGGAACAGCGAAGAAAAGAGAGCAGAGUGCGAGGAAAGAGAACGGAAGAGACACCAUCGGCCGAGAAAGUGGAGAGAGAGGAGAAAGAAAUGGACAUGCCUAGCAUCCUCCGUACAGUGCUCAGCUGCGCGCGACGGAGUGACGCAUAGGCCUGAAAGAGAGAGGUGAGGAGGAAUCGGCAUAAAAAACGAUGAAUCGCAGAGAGAGUCGUGGUGAAACGCGAACGCCUCAGAUCGACUUGCAGCUACCACCGACUGCUCUCUAAUGGCCUUGAAGAAGAACAACGAAGGUGACAAGGCAGUGACUUUUGCCUGUUCGAAACGGUUUCUGUAAAACGC